CAAGAGGUGAAGAGGCAGUGAAAGGUGUCACUAACAUAAACUUUGCAGGAUUUAAAGGAAGAAAGAAAACAAAUCACAGAAAGAGUACAAUGGCUUGAAAGAGAGGAGGAACUGGAUAUAUUUCUUUCCCUGUAGGAGUCGAGGAGUUUCAAGAGGCCCUUUACCCUGUCUUUCAUCAUGGUGGACCUGUUCCUAGACCGAGUUCUGAUCGAGAACAACUGGGACCAAGAUGAACUCAACACGGAGCGCGAGAUCAUUGGGAUCCUUGAAAAUCGCAUCCUGUUGCUGUUCUUUGCAUCGGCAGAGUGUGAAAAGUGCCAGGAGUUCCUGCCUGUUCUGAACGACUUCUUUAAGAGACUGAAAGAUCCAGCGUACAUUGAAUACCCCAAACUGUUCGCGCUUGUCUUCAUCAGCUUGGACCAAUCAGAGAAGCAGCAGGAGCGAGUCCUCAAAGAGCUGCACAAAAGGGUUCUGUUUUUAGCCUUUGACGACCCAUAUGGGAAAGAACUGCAGGCCAUGUUCAAGGUAAGGGACGUACCAACAGUUGUGGUCCUUCGUCCAGACGGCUCCGUCCUCUCUCCAAACGCCGUGCAAGACAUCUGUCGUUACGGUUGCGACUGUUUCCGAGACUGGCAGGAAUCAGCGGAGGUCAUCGAGAGGACCUUCAUGCUCAACGAGCAGUUCGAGAACCUAAACAUGCGCACAGCCACUGACCCCGUGAAGAGACUCAAGUACAAGACGGAAGACGACAAGAGGAAAAAGAGAUGGUGGAACUUGUGGGGGAAGGGAAAAGAUGUGUAUGAAGUGGAGGAGGAGAAAGAUGGAGCAUUUGAUAGAAAGAGAAAGGAGGGAGAUAAAGCACCAUGGAGGAAAAGAUGAAGAGAAGGAAUCAAAGAAAAAAAAACAUAUAUGAAUACGUAUAAGAGGCAGAGGUUUUGGUGUUGGUUGUCAUAAGUCUUCAAGUAAAUACUUAAAUCCUGUGUUAAUGAUACUGCAGCCACUUUACAGGCUCUUGAAGAAACACUCAGAAAUACUUGCAAUGCCUGCAAUGGCAUGUGCAGGAGAAUUCUUAAAAAAUGCACACUGAAAAAAGCUCCUCUUUGCCGGAGGUAUUGGCAUGUAGAAGCAUAACUGUGCCUCUCUGCACAGGUGACACGAAAUUUGAAAAAAAUGAAGCUCUAGUUUAAGAAAUAUACCACAAUUACUUCUAACUAUUGAAUAUUUUAAUGUAGCCUACUAUCUAUAAUUAUUAUUAUUAUCCAGUCCAGUCUUAUACAUUGUCAAUUAAUGACUGAAAUUAACUAAGUGUGAGUCGUUACGUUUUCAGUCUCACAGCAAAUGUCAUUGUUCUCAUAAUGUAAUGUAGCCUUCAUAUACUGUGAAAACUGUACAAUAUUUGUAUAUUAACAGUGUUUAAAAUGACGACAUGUAGUGACAAAGGGGUUACUCUUGGUGACAGACCCCACCGUGCAGCUCUUUUUUGGACCUUUUAAGUGUAUUGUUUUUGACAAAGUGAUUCAGGUCACAUCCACUCCAUUUUCACUUUUCAGGCAGCUGAAAAGCAAGAUUAUUUUUCAGCAAAAAAUAAUCAGCAAAUAAUCAAAAAGAAGUUUGUUGCCUGCCCAACAACAAAUGGCAAAGGUUGGCAACUAUAGCUAUCAUGGGUGUAGUGCUAUUUGUUGAAGUAAUGGAGUGCAAAUGUGCAUCCCCAUGGUUCAGUUGUGGCUCGUUUCAAAAGUUAUGUAACCACAGUCCUCCCACAGUUACAAGUUUACAUACAUGAGUCAACUAUAACAUACAUCCUCAUCGCAACUUGUCAAAUACCGCCUCUUUGUCAGUGGGCCCACAUGUCAAAAUAUGAUGUGCCAGGUACCCUCCUGCGUCAGUUUUGGAUGUUUAGGGACAGUGUGUCAAUGCAUGCUUGUUAUAUGCAUUGUGUCUUUUCAGAACACACUUCCCUUUUCACAGGAAACGUACGGUUUCUGCUCAUCACAUGCAUACAGUCUUUUUCAAAAUAAAAUUACAGCAGGUGUAAAACACAUCGUUUUUAGGUUUAUUUCCUUAAGUUUAAACAAUAAAAACACGUGGUAAGGUUUAAUUAGAAACAUCAUGGUUUAGCUUAAAAUAAUUGCCGUUGUUACAAGCAUCAUGUAACAUCACGAGACAUGCAUCACCUCCGUUGCAUGCUACACAUACUAGCACACUACAUUGUUAUCAAAAUAACUUGACUGACUUUUGGUUUCACACAGGAAACAAACAGCGGUCUCCCAGGUGAAAGUCCGGAGUUUGUUUUACCAAUCCACCUCCACUCUCACACUACUAAACAUACUUUAUUGCUCUUUAUACUAUGCUAGUUGCCGGCAGCAUUGCAAAAUGCCGCUGUCCAGUGUGUUUUAUACUGCUGUGACGGGUGCCUGUGUGUGUCUAACGCCAACAUCACUGACAAAAAUGGUGGUAUUUGAUGAGCUGGGAGUGGGACCAGGCUGACUAUAAAUUUAAAAUGAAAGCAUGUUUUGUUGCCUCUUUAUCUUUACUAGUUAGGGUAUGUAUAGACAGAGAAAAAUUAAUUCAGUGUGCCACUAAAAGGCUACUGCUGCUACCGGCAACAUGUAAGCUGAAACAUUUUCUUGUAUGUUAUUUAAUGCAUAAGUUGAUGUCAUGAAUCAGUCAGCACAGCUAUGAUAACCAUCCCUUUCGUUUUUAUUGUCUCUCUUACAUAACAUAUGCUUUAGGGACUAUUGGAUCUUCAAGUGCUUCAAAAUGUCUAUGAAUUUCAGAUGAAUCAUGCAAACUGUGACUAUUGUAGCCUAUGUCCUCACUUGGAGAAAGAAAGUGUUGAAGCCUUGUUUCAGUGCACUCAGGCAGCACUACACCCCUGAUAGCUAGUAAAGAAAGUCACACAUCUUGCAGCUAAAAAGCCACAUAUUUUUCUCAUGGGUCGGUAGAGGCCAAACCAGAAAUAAAGGACAGUGAAGGCUGGACAUACAUUUAUCAGGAGAUAUUUCAAAUGAAUGAUAAUGUUGCUCCAUGUCUGUUUAAUUAAUGUUUAAAACUAAGAAGUUUGCCAAGUCAUGGUAAUAAUGUGCUACGGCUGUCUUUGUGGAGUUUUUAUGCCCCCGAGUGGCCAAAAAGAUGAUUGCAGCUCUGAACUAAAUUUAGGCGCUGGCGCCUGCUGGUGUUUUCAAAUCAAAAUUAAAAUUUUGUCAAGCACUGUGUGUCUAUUAUUUAUUUUUAGCAUUAUUUUGCCAUGUUAAAUAUGGCAUGUCUCUUGAGCUAAUUUCUAUUUUGUUAUUAAAUAUU